CGAUAUAUUGUUUUCUGUUUGAGCAGGGAGAUUUACAAGACAAAAUACUUUUACCAAUAUAGACACUCACAUCACAUAUGGACCAAUGGCCUGUCAUAUUAAAUUCCUCUGAUUAUCGAGAAGACCCCCGUUGACAACAAUAACACUUUUAUCAAAUGUACGCUUUUAUCUUCCCUGUACAUACCAGUUAGGAUAUUGGUAACAUCCCUGAUCUCGAAGGAUUCCCUACUGGAAUACAUAGAUUACUUCGGUUGUCAUACAAUUAACGCCAGUGUAAAUAUUUCACGUAAGAUGUUAUUUAAUUAGGGUACGCUGAGAAAUAAAUAGGGAUGAUUUGUCAAGUAUGCACACCUGUCAUGAUGGCAACACGCUGAGUCGGUAUCUGUCCAGUACAUAUUAGGAGGUUUAUUGGUACACCUGGUGCAGGUCACGUGCUAGCACUCAUCUUUAAUCAACAAAAACAGGAAACGUAACUGAACAAUUCACUGACGAAAUAUCUUUUUAUAGCUCUCUAUAUAUACCCUGUUAUAAGGAAGAGUCAAUCGAUUCCUACCCGACACGUACGUAGGUAAGUACAUUGUAGCUGUAUGAUGCCCAAGGCAAUACUUCGCCAAGGUUUUACAUUCUCGAGUAGGUUAAACAAUAAAUUCAAUAAUCCUCUAAAUAAAAAGUGUCAUGUGUAUUUACCAUGAGUGAUUUGUAAAUAUAAAAAAGAGACAUAAUACAAAACAAAUAGCAAAACAAGCUGAUUACUAAGCGUAACUCCAUAUGUAGAGGAAUGUUAUUUAUCUGGAAAAGUCACCAUGAUCCAUGUCCUUGUACCCUAAAGAACAAUUGACAGCACACCACAGCGACAGAGAGAUGGCGGACUACUCCUUCCAUAGCUUUGUAGCGGGAGGUGUCGGAGGUGUGGCCGUUGUACUAAUUGGCUUCCCGUUUGACACCAUUAAGGUCCUUCUGCAGACACAGUCACAUACCCGACUUCCCGACAUACUCACCGCAGUCUACAGAAAUACGCUUUCCAAUGGUUUACUAAGGGGACUUUCCUGGCCGUUGUGUUCCGUCCCAUUCACAAAUGCUGUGUUCUUUGGAGUAAAUAACACAGCACUGAGCCUGUUCAACAAAGAGCACAAUCCAGCGGAUGUCGACUGGCGGAGCCGUUAUAUUGCCGGAUGUAUAGGCAGCCUGGCGGAAAUGACGUUUGUCAUCCCCAUUGAUUACGUCAAAGUCGUUCUCCAAUCACAAGCAGCAGCAUCACAAUGGCAACGGGAAAUCCCCUGUGGCCAAACAAAAUACUUUCGCGGUCCUUUGGAUGUUGGGCGGUACAUACUUGUAAAUAAUGGUCUUGUUGGGCUAUACAAAGGUGCGUCGCUGAUGCUCUGUCGUGAGAUCCCACUAGGUGGACUUUUUAUGGUCAACUUUCAUCAGAUACAACAUUUUCUUCAGGAGCGGGGUCUGACUGACUCUCAUGGACUGGUGGCCGACAGUCUCGGAGGAGGAUUUGCCGGGUGUAUCAACUGGGGCGUAGGUAUGCCGAUUGACGUCAUCAAGAGUCGCUACCAAGGUGAUAUGGUUGGCCAAUACAAAAGUAUAACAGACUGUGCAUACCGAAGUUUCAAGACCGAGGGAAUACGAGUGUUUUUCAGGGGAACCCUGGUAACAUUCUUACGGGCAUUUCCUGUUAAUGCUGCAAACACAUGUAUUGUUUUUCAGACUUUGAAACUAUUACAAAGACCCGAGGACAAACAGAACUAAAUACACUACACAUAACUAGUUCAUGUUUGUUUAAAACAUUUCAAUGUCCAAAUUGGAAUGCUGUAUCAGUUUUAGGUCCGCUUGUAUUUUCUAAGCUUCACUGGAUUCAGCAAUUCCACACUUUUUGGCACCUAUCAUCACUGACGAAUCCCUGAAGGACGAAACAACUGUAUUGUGUAGUUUUAUAUUCAUUGUUUGGCAUAUCUAAAGGUGUUAUUUACGUAUGUGUCCUCUGUAAUAUCGCUUUAACGCCUUAGUAUUAGAUGUGACUUUAUACCUGAUGUAGGGUAUCAUUGUUGUUUCCAUGUAGAAUAUAUACCUGAUUUAGGGUAUCAUUGUUGUUUCCAUACAGACUAUAUGCCUGAUUUAGGGUACAUUUGUACCAUUGUUGUUUCUGUGUAGACUAUAUACCUGAUGUAGGGUAUCAUUGUUGUUUCCAUGUAGACUAUAUACCUGAUGUAGGGUAUCAUUGUUGUUUCCAUGUAGACUAUAUACCUGAUGUAGGGUAUCAUUGUUGUUGCUAUGUAGACUAUAAACCUGAUGUAGAGUACCGUUGUUGUUUCUAUGUAGACUAUAUACCUGAUGUAGGGGAUCAUUGUUGUUUCUAUGUAGACAAUAUACCUGAUGUAGAGUACCGUUGUUGUUUCCAUACAUACUAUAUACAUUGUACCUGAUGUAGAGUAUAAUUGUUGAUUCAAUCUAGUCAGAAGUCAGAAGUCAGACGUGUUAAUAUUUUAUUUCCUUGUGUGAUAUGACGUCAGAUUCGUUAGUAUUUCAUUUCCUUGUGUGAUAUGACGUCAUACGUGUUAAUGUUUAUUUCCUUGUGUGAUAUGAAGUCAGAUGUGUUAAUAUUUUAUUUCCUUGUGUGAUAUGACGUCAGACUCGUUAAUAUUUUAUUUCCUUGUGUGAUAUGAA